UGGCAUUACGAUAAUGUAUUUCAGCAACAACUGUAACAGCUGUAGGGCAGAUGAGCUGUGAGUCACUGGUGUGCGCCGGUUGUGGCAGACUGAUCUCAGAUCGGUUUUACCUGCUCGCGGCUGACAGGCAGUGGCACGAGCGCUGUUUGAAAUGCAGCGCGUGUCAAGCUGAUUUGGAGUCAGAGCUCACGUGCUUCAGUAAACAUGGCGAUAUUUACUGUAAAGAGGACUACUACAGGACAUUUUCUUUGCAAAGAUGCGCACGGUGUCACCUGGGCAUCCCAGCCAAAGAGAUAGUGAUGCGAGCCAGGGAUCUGGUGUACCACCUGAGCUGCUUUUCCUGCGUCACCUGCGACAAAAUGCUUCUCACUGGAGAUCACUACGGAAUGAGGGACACUUCAGUGUACUGUCAGAUCCAUUUCGAGAGUGUGCUACAGGAGGAGCAACACGCAAACUCCCAGACCUCCACACAUGAAGGGGCUCCGGUGCAGAGAGGACGAUCACGGAGGAGGAAAAAUUUAGACGCAGCAGACCAUGUUGUUUAUAAUUCAGAUGUGAGCGAUAUGGGUGUGAACCUGUUGGAGAAAGUGAGACAGUUUAGCUGUCAGAAGUCCAAACGCAUGAGAACGUCUUUCAAGCACCACCAGCUGCGAAGCAUGCAGUCCUUCUUCAACCACAACCACAAUCCAGACGCCAAAGACCUCAAAGAGCUCGCACAAAAAACCGGCCUCUCGAAACGCGUGCUCCAGGUUUGGUUCCAGAAUGCUCGUGCAAAAUUCAGGAGGAAUCACCUGUAUCAGGAGAGCGUUGGUGCGGACAAUAUUUCUGACAAUUCCACCACGUCACCAUCUGUUCCUUCACCGGAGAUGUCUCCCCCAUCCUUGAAUACAUCCAGCCCAUCCAGCACCUCUCCAUCACAUCACACAUGCUUAGAUCAAAACAUACAUGUGAACCACAACAGCAUGAGCCCUUUACAAUGCACAACCUCUAAUUUCUUCUAAUAUAUAAUUGUGAUAUUCUAAUCACUUUUAAUAUAUAACAUUCUUGAGUCGGCUGAAACAAUAUUUCCUGAUGUUACACUAUAGGUUUUGCAGAUCAAAGUAUUGAUUCGAGAUCUGUUUACAGAAUUUUGGAUUCUUUGUGGCAACAA